AUGAACUACCAACGACUUUCAAAUCUUUUCGGGACAUUGGAAGCCUUGAAAGCCAUUCUAGAUAAGCCGACCACUUCUCGUUCGCCUGCUUAUGUGCGACGAGAAGAUGCACCAUUCUUUGAGAAUCGCUUCAGAAUCUUUGAUGAGUAUUUGAUAACUCGGAGACCUGAAGCAUUUCGCGACUUCAUCAGGCUUCUGCCUAAUGAGUUUGAAGACCUUUAUCAAAGAAUUGGACGCCGUUUGGAGCAUGUUGUGGCGCACGCUGGCCCCAUAAGUGGCCGUCACAGAUUGAUGAUAUACUUGAGAUUUGUGACCCAGGGCAUGUCUUUUGCCGCCUACGCACUGGAUAUAGGAAUGGGUAAAAGCACUGUUUCACAGGUGGUGGCAGGGGUGACGGAAGCCAUUAUAAGUGGUAGACAGUCGUGA